AUGUAUAUCCCAACAUUCAACGGAGAAGAAAGUGAAUUUCAGAUGUGGUGGAUGCAAUAUAAGGCGUAUGCCACAAUUGCUGGCUUUGCACUUGCAAUCCAGAGGACAAGGGAUCUUGAUCUCCCACCAAAGGAGGAUGAAGUUCUUGCAGAUGAUGCAGAUGGAAAGAAGAUGAAGAAGUCAUGUGAUCCGAAUUCAUUGGCAAUGGCAACGCUGACAAUGGCGUUCACUUCAGCCUCAAUGAUGGGAAUGAUUGCAGAUGCAGUCACGGCAGAUUGGCCAAAUGGCCUUCUGUACAAGGUGAUUGACAAUCUGUUCAAACGAUACAGAUCUAGUGAUGUGAUGUCAAAGGUCAAGAUGAGAUAUGAGAUGGAUCGAGUAAACAUGAAGAAAGAUGAUGAUCCAAACAGAUUGUGUGAACAGAUCAGCCAAAUUGAGAAUAAGUAUGUCACCCAGAAGUUGAGUCUGGAGGACUUACUUGCAAUUGUAUCAGAUGCUGCACCUAUUGAAUAUGGUGCAACAAUCACAGCAGAAAAAAGAAACAAAGGGAAUGCACUUACAUUGGAGGACAUCCGAGAAGCGAUGCAUGCGCAAUGGCGUAUCAUGUACCCGGCAGCAAAGACAAAGAAAACCUCCACAGCCAAAGAAGUGGAACUUUCAUCAGUGGACAAUGCAGAGGUGAUAUGA